GCUACCGAUCGAUGCAAACUAGAACUAGUAGACAUUCCGACAGCUUCUUCCCUCUUGCGAUCAACUUCUUAAACACGUGACCUACAAUUCCAUGACAACAUGCUGGCAAUUGUUUGACUUGAGUUCGUUGUCACAUUUCUGUGGGGCCAAUGAUGUAUUACUCGUGUAUACCACUCAUGCCAGAGUAGCAUCUGCUCCACUUGCACACCGAUUGAGGAGUAUCUGCAACAUUUGCAUAAUCAACAUUGUCCCAGAUAAUCGCACUACUCGUCACUUGAAACCGCAUCCACUCCUUGAAGUCUCAGCGCCCCUUGCACAACGGUCAUUGCACCGGACUAUUGCGAUAUUAGUCAUUCGAACUGCUCGAAGUGCUAGAGGACUCUGCAUCUUUUUGCACAAUUGUCCCAAAAAACAAAAUAAAAAUUUCCCGGCAUUACCAGAUAACUAGCAACCCUUUACUGCUCGGUGACUGUUUUUUGUUUUUGUCAAUGUCUUUGUGUCUCCAAAGUGUUCUCUGCCAAUCGACCGUCUGUUGUCGUACUCGAGCGGCUCCAACUACCGGAGACAAAUUCCUUGUGUGUUUUUGGACAUACUUGGCAAAGAAAGAUGAUUCUGAUUCUGAUUCUGAAGAUGCAUGCAUUUGAGUCGAUUAUUCAAGUAUUUUGGGUUGGAGAAGUAUUGCACAAACAUACACGAUUAAACGUGUUUAUUUUUUCUUGGUCAGUUGAUUUGUGUUUUAUGCAUAUUCACAUUUGCUUUUUUUGGUUUUGUAUUAAGUCGAGUCACGUGUUCUAACGUGAAUUUUAUUUUGUAAAGUUAAUUGCACUUACGGUUUCCGCUGCAGUUACGUUGUUUCCGGCCACUUUUUUUUUUCCCCUUUUUUCUUUACGUAAACGGCCGCUCCACUCGCUUCUAUGCACUUCGCUAAAUCUUCCCGAAUUAGAAGCGAACGUGCUGAAUUCUCGUCGAAUCACGUUUAUCACCACUUCGCUGAACGAAAACAUAAUUGAUCGAAUCAUCGUGUCCGGUUGAAAAGUUCGUCUCGGUGCACGUUGAAGCUUCUCGGCCUAGUUUAGCUUAGCUUAGCUUAGCUUAGCUUAGCUUAGCUUGCUCACCGCUCACAACGAGAUGGCGUUUGUGAUCACCAAGCGGAGAUCAAGUGUUGUGAUCGUCGUGUGAAAAUGUGUGCAAGGAGGACGCCGCGGUACGAGGAUGAAUUUUGGGUACCAAAAGAUGAGAACGAGCCACAAGUUCAACGACUGGACGCCGUUUGCAAGACGCAGCCUCGAGUUGAGUUACGCACAGCAGACGUCAGGGAAAACCUUGGUCCUGAGCGGCAGCAGCCGGAGCCCGCUCACAUGAAAGAGGAAGAGGAGGACGAAGAGGUUCAUCACAUCAAAGAGGAUGACGAGCAAUUUCGUCACCAUAAAGAGGAAGAGCAGGAGGAAACUGUCAAGGUUACAUUGACUGGUUUGCCUUUGAAGAGUGAAGAGGAAAAUGAAGGUCAACGUGAGGAGAGCAGAGGGGCGGAGCCUCCAAGCAGCAGCAGCUCAAGUCAACACAUGACAACCGAAGGUGAUGGGGAAGACCACUGUGGAGGAUCACAAGCAGACGGCCUCUUCGCUCCACUAUCAGAUGGUGACGACACAACGUCACACUCUUCAGCAACUGAUGAUGAGGAACAGUCUGAAGGUCACACCGACAACAAACACUGGAAAUGUUCUCAGUGUGGCAAAACCUUUGCUUAUAAGUGUGCUUUGGAGCAACACAUGCGAAUGCACACUGGUGAGAAACCUUUUGCCUGUUCAAUUUGCGGCCAAAGAUUCUCUCAGAAGGGAAACUUGAACAUUCACAACAGAACACACACUGGUGAGAAACCAUUUGCCUGCUCAGUUUGUGGCCAAACAUUUUCUGAGAAGGGAACCUUAAAAAGUCACACAAGAAAACACACUGGUGAGAAACCAUUUGCCUGCUCCGUUUGUGGCCAAAGAUUCUCUGAGAAGGGAACCUUAAAAAAUCACACAAGAACGCACACUGGGGAGAAACCAUUUGCCUGCUCAGUUUGUGGCAAACAGUUCUCUGUAAAGGGACACUUAAUAGUACACACAAGAACUCACACUGGUGAGAAACCAUUUUUAUGCUCCGUUUGCGGGCAAAGAUUCUUUCAGAGGGGAAAUCUAAACAAACACUCGAGAACACACACUGGGGAGAAACCGUUUUCGUGCUCAGUUUGUGGUCAAAGAUUCUCUGAGAAUGGAAACUUAAAAAUUCACACGAGAACGCACACUGGGGAGAAACCAUUUGUUUGCUCAGUUUGUGGUCAAAGAUUCUCUGAGAAGGGAACCUUAAAAAUUCACACAAGAACCCACACUGGGGAUAAACCAUUUGCAUGUUCAUUUUGUGGCCAAAGAUUCCCUCAGAAAGGAAACUUGAAAAGUCACACAACAACACACACUGGGGAGAAACCUUUUGCCUGCUCAGUUUGUGGUCAAAGAUUCUCGAAGAAGGGAACCUUAGAAAGUCACACAAGAACACACACUGGGGAGAAACCUUUUUCUUGCUCAGUUUGCGGUCAAAGUUUCACUAAAAAGGGAACGUUAAAAGGUCACAUAAGAACACACACGGGUGAGAAACCAUUUGCCUGUGGAGAUUGUGGUAAAAGAUUUUCUCACCGCCACCAUGUUAAGACGCAUAAGUGUUUUGGUGCUCAAAGCAGUGCUCAAUGAUUGUGUUCUGUGUACCUUCUUAAUGGUCUCCUGUGGAUGCAUGUUGAGAAUUUACACUCAUAACACUGCGAGAUCCGGCCGGCCGCAUUUUAUGUGGCCUGCAAAAGCAAAGAAACAUUUCAGAUUGUGUUCUAGUGUAAUCUUGUUGAGAUAUUGCAUUUUUUUUUUUUUUUUGGUUGAAAAGAAAUGUCAUGGUUGAAAAACAUGUUUUUAUUGGCUUCUGAUUUCAAAAGGGGUUUAUUCAUCAAUUUGUUGUGUACACCGAAUGUAAUUAAAUAUGAUAAUUCAUUGAUAUGAGCUGACAAGUCAUUACUGCGAUGUGGCCCGUGACAAAAAGGAGUUUUUGCGAUGUGCAUUGCAGCCGACUUGUGGGGAAGGGGCUGGUUAGCGAGGGUAGUGUUACAUGUUGACCUGCGUCUUUGCCCUUCCUGCCUGGAAGUUACUGUCAACUCCUAAAGUGUUGAAUAAAGUUGACAUUCUGUA